AUGCAUUUACUUAUUUCCUUUUUCUUCGCCAUCAUCGUGAAGAAUCAAGGGGCAGAUUGGUGCUACCAGUCCCAGGUUACAUGUGGUGGCCACUGCACAGGACCUGAUGGUUGGACAACGGUUGCUGGGGCAUGUGGCGGAAAAGCCCAAUCCCCCAUUAACAUUGUGACAAGAAGAACUCUACCAGAUGGACGCCUUACACCAUUCACAUUCGCUGGGUACCAAGAGGCCUUCCACAGUCUCAUCACAAACAAUGGUCGCACUGUUCAAGUGGACCUGCCUGCCACAGCAAAAGUACAGGGUGGAGAUCUGGCUGUGCCAUACAAGGCAAUACAGCUCCACCUGCACUUGGGCAAGGAUGGAGGCCCUGGAUCCGAACACACCAUCGAUGGAGAACGAUAUCCCAUGGAGCUGCAUAUAGUAAAUAUAAAAGAGGAGUACAACUCUUUGGAUGAAGCUCUGAAAGACCUUGCAGGGGUUGGAGUUCUAGGAUUCUUUUACGAGCAAUCAGGAAGCUCCAACAAAAAAUAUGAAUCCAUCAUAAAUGCUCUGAACUCAAUCAAUAUGCCUAGCUCCAACACUACCCUGAGUGAUGUGUCCCUGGACAUGUUCAUCCCCUCUCAGAGUAAUAUGACCAGCUACUUCCGCUACCAGGGCUCUCUCACCACACCUCCCUGUGAAGAAGCUGUAGUUUGGACCGUGUUCAAAAAUACCAUUCCUCUCAGCAGGCAACAGCUUGAUGCAUUUUCUCGGCUUCAGUUUGCUGAUGGAAAGCCUAUGGUGGGAACAUAUCGCCCAGUCCAGCCGUUGAAUGGUCGCCUGGUGUAUCGCUCUGGAAGUCAAGUUAUCUUAGUCAGCACUUGGCUACUCAUCACCUCUGUGAUAUCAGCCAUUGGACUCCCACUGCCCAAAUAA